AUGAGCCCUGUGGAGAAGAAGAGGCGCAGCCUCACACACACUCUGGACAGCAGCACCGUCCGGGCCGGGGUGGCGGCCGCCGCACUCACCACCCCACAGUCUGACCGUCUCUCUCCUCUCCUCCAGUCCCUGCUGGUCCCUGGUCCAGUCCAGUCCCAGGUGGUAGAGUACCGUGUGGAGGUUUCUCUACCGGAACACUUCCUCUUGCCUCAUACCAUCAAUCUGCCAGUGGCCAGGGACGCACGGGUCACACAGGACAACCUCACAGACUCUGAGGUGGUGAUGGUACCACUGAGGUUCCAUGCCCACGUGGCCGGUCGGUUCCGGUGCCAGCUGGUUCUGCAGUCGUGGCGUGACAUCAGAGUCUACCUGCUGGAAGCUGUGGUUACCGCAGAGGGAGGACACGCCCAGCUAGAGUUCACCACGCCCGCUCACCUGUCUGUCACUCAGGACAUCCCUCUGAUCAAUGAGAGCAGACAGGACUGGCGUCUGCGAGGCUUGGUUAGUGGCUGUGGUUUCUACGGCCCUCCUGUGGUGUACAUACGGGCCGGGGAGAAGACCUGUUACCCCCUUACCUUUAGACCCACCACACAGAGCAUCGUCACGGGCAGGCUGUCCUUGCUGAAUGACACAGAUGGGACGGAGCACAGCUUCACCCUGAGAGGGGUGGGGGAGCGGUCCCUACCCCUGGACCACGUGGUGAUACACUGCUCUGUCAGACAGGUCACACACAGCACCCUGCAGGUCCCCAACUACAGCCAGCACCCCCUCACCUGUCAGGUAGAUACACUAUUACUAUAG